AGGGGUCACAGUCUGGCCUCUCUACCUUGAGGCAUCCCUUCCCUUGCAGCAGGCUGAAAGUUUGACUGCACAUCCUGUACAUCCAUCUCCCUGGCCGAGUCUGUGAGCGAUACGGACAGCCUAACGCCAUGUUUUCCCUCAAAGAUCACACUGCCCUCGUGACCGGCGGAACGCGGGGUAUCGGGCAAGCUGUCGCCAUUGCACUCGCCGAAGCCGGUGCAGAUGUCAUUUUGGUCCAGAGAAAUGCAAAGGACGAAGAGACAGCAACCGCCAUCCGGAAACUGGGGCGCAGAGUUACAGUCGUUGCGGCAGACCUCAGUUCUCCUGCAGAGGUGAAGAGGAUCGUUCCCGAGCUACUAGACGAGGGCCGGGAAAUACGCAUACUGGUCAAUUGCGCCGGCAUCCAGCGGCGGUACCCCUGCGAGGAGUUCCCAGAUGAGGACUUUAACGAAGUCAUUCAGGUCAACCUCAACAGCGUCUUUACCCUCUGUCGGGAUAUUGGUGCUCACAUGUUGACGCUUGAGCCCUCGCCCGUCACUGGCCGCAAGGGAUCCAUCAUCAACUUUGCUUCUCUGCUCACCUUCCAGGGAGGACUCACCGUGCCGGCUUAUGCUGCUUCGAAAGGAGCUGUUGGGCAGCUCACCAAGAGCUUUGCCAACGAGUGGACAUCCAAGGGAAUCACGGUGAACGCCAUUGCGCCUGGAUACAUCGAGACGGAAAUGAACACUGCGCUGCUGAACGACAAGCAGAGGCUGGCGAGUAUCAGCGCGAGGAUACCGGCCGGAAGGUGGGGCACCCCUGAAGACUUCAAAGGGACAGCCGUAUAUCUAGCCAGCAAAGCAAGUGCAUAUGUGAGCGGUCAUGUCCUCGUUGUCGACGGCGGAUGGAUGGGUCGGUAA